CGCGCUAUUUGCACCGAAAAGGCGAAAACCAAACCAAGAAGGAAGGGACCUAACCCAGAGUCCGAAAAGACUCGCAAAACCCAAGUAAAACCCUAGCGUACGCAGGGAGAAGGGGAGCGUUGGCGCCGUAUCUCUCUACGUCGUGUGCCGAUGGUGCUCUACCUCCUCUUCGAAUCGGCCUCCGGGUACUCUCUCUUCCUCGCUCAUGGCCUCGACGAGAUCGGCCUGAGCGUGGAUGCCAUCCGCGAAUCGGUUCUCGACCUUAGUCGAUUCGGCAAGGUCGUCAAGCUUGUAGCUUUCAAUCCCUUCUCCUCCGCACUCGAUGCUCUGAACCAGUGCAACGCCGUUUCCGAAGGUAUAAUGACGGAUGAGUUGAGGAAUUUCUUAGAGCUCAACCUUCCUAAGGGCAAGGAAGCGAAGAAGUCCAACUUCAGCCUUGGAGUCGCCGAGCCAAAGGUCGGGUCGCAGAUCUUGGAGGUGACGAAGAUCCCUUGCCAGAGCAACGAUUUCGUCCUAGAGCUUCUUCGUGGUGUCCGGCUGCACUUUGAUAGGUUAAUCAAGGAUUUAAAGCCAAAUGACCUGGAAAAAGCUCAACUUGGUUUGGGCCACAGUUAUAGCAGGGCGAAGGUUAAGUUCAAUGUCAACAGGGUGGAUAACAUGGUUAUUCAGGCAAUUUUUCUCCUUGAUACCCUUGACAAAGAUAUCAACACUUUCUCAAUGAGAGUGAGGGAGUGGUAUUCGUGGCAUUUUCCUGAACUUGUUAAAAUUGUCAAUGACAACUAUCUAUAUGCCAAAAUUUCAAAGUUUGUGGAAGACAAAUCAAAUUUGUCUGAGGAUCAUAUUCCACAGUUGGCUGAUAUUGUUGGUGAUGAGGAGAAGGCGAAGGAAAUUGUGGAAGCUGCUAAAGCAUCCAUGGGGCAGGACCUGUCUCCAAUUGAUUUGAUAAAUGUCCAGCAGUUUGCACAGAGGGUUAUGGAUUUGUCUGAAUAUAGGAAGAAGUUAUAUGAGUAUCUAGUUACAAAGAUGAAUGACAUUGCACCGAAUUUGACUUCUUUAAUUGGUGAAGUUGUGGGAGCACGACUUAUUUCUCAUGCUGGAAGUCUCUCAAAUCUAGCUAAGUGCCCAUCUUCGACCCUUCAGAUACUUGGGGCUGAGAAGGCGCUAUUCAGAGCGUUAAAAACUAAAGGAAAUACUCCAAAGUAUGGGUUAAUCUUUCAUUCUUCUUUUAUUGGGCGCGCUUCUGCUCGUAACAAAGGACGAUUAGCUCGUUACCUUGCAAACAAGUGUUCAAUUGCAUCUCGUAUUGAUUGUUUUUCAGAUAUGAAUUCCACCAUUUUUGGGGAAAAGCUACGGGAGCAGGUUGAAGAGAGAUUGGACUUCUAUGAUAAGGGAGUUGCACCACGCAAGAAUGUUGAUGUCAUGAAAGCUGCCAUUGAGUCUGCAUUACAAAAGAUUGAGGAACAAGGUGGUGAAAAGAAAGACACAGAGGAGCCUUUUGCAAAGAAAAGAAAGAAGAAUAAAUCCAAAGGUGAGGUCCAGGAAGUGGAGCCAAUGGAAGAGGAUAAGCCUUCUAAUGUGGUAAAUGUAUAUGCAUCUGCUGAUCUAGGAAUUGAUCAAAAGAAGAAGAAAAAGAAGCACAAGGAUGUGGAUUUGGUGGAAGUUACCGUUAAAGAGGCAGUGAAUGGGACAAUUAGCCAUGAUACUGACCAAAACAAAACUGCUAAGAAGAAAAAGAAAAAUCGGGAAGAGGUAAAUGCUGGUGAUAUGGAAAUGGCCACUGAAGGUAAGAAGAAAAAGAAGAAAAAGGGAAGAGCUGAACCUGAUGAAUGACUCUUUUCUGGAGAAGCUUGAAAUUCAUUACCUUUGAGAACCUCUGAACACCACAGCUGUUUGUUUUUGUUCUUCUUUGAAAUUAAUUCCAGUUUAUUGUUGUAUUAUUUCCGCAGAAAUCUUAGCUAAUUGUGCCUCUCAAGUACUACAAAUUUUUUGCUUCAAUUGAAAUCUAAGAUGAAAUUUUGUUUUGCAUUUA